UAUACUAUACUAUAGCUGCAACAACACAGCUAUCUAGCUAGGGAUACCUACUAACUGUCUAUACCAUUGAAGAGAGACUACCCAUGACCUCCAUGCUGUGUGGACUAGUGUGUGUGGUCCUGCUCUCUGGGCUCACUGCACUGGCAGGGGGGCAGCAAGUCUACCUGACUCUGGGAUCUGGUCCUAGCAUCACUACUGACAAUACUGAGAUCCUCAUCACUGCCAUUGGAGAAGAUGGUAGUCUCCCUUCUCUCACCUGUCACACUGACCUCACUACCUGCUGUAGAAGUAGUGACAACAAUGAUAAUGGAGCACUAGGACAGUGGACGUAUCCUGAUGGGAGUGUGGUACUGCAAAAAGGUGGCUCAGCGACUGCUGGACAACAGUUCUACGUUCUAAGGGGGGCACCUCAGGUCAUCAGACUGGCUCGUAGAGAGGCUAGUACCAACCCUGUCACUCCAACUGGGUCCUACUGUUGUUCUGUACUAACUACUGGAGGAGAUAUGACCCUCUGUGCUAACCUGGUGGCACCAGUCUGUUCUGAUAAUCUCCCAGCCAUCUCUAAUGGAGCCAUAACCUAUGCUAGUGGAUCCACUAACAACAGACCAGUGGGUGCUACAGCCAGUUACGCUUGUUUUAAUCCCUACCGUCUGGUUGGAGUGUCAGUGAGGACUUGUGGGGGUGAUGGAGAGUGGAGCUCAACAACAGCUCCAGUGUGUCAGAUGAUCUGCUCUGACCUACCCUCACUGGAAAAUGGGGACAUUGACUAUGGUGGUGGUGGAUCCACUAACAGCAGACCAGUGAACACUGUGGCCACCUACACCUGUAACCCUGGCUACACUCUCAAUGGAGGCACCACCAGGACUUGUGGGAGUGAUGGAGUGUGGAGUGGGCCAGCUAUUGAUUGUCAGCCUGACUGCCCUGACUUACUACUGAUCAAUGGGAUGAUUAUGUACAGUGCUGGAUCCCCUGGCAACAGACCUUUCAUCUCUACUGCUGUACACUCCUGUAACCCUGGCUACACUCUCACUGGAGGUACUUUCACUACAGGCACCACCAGGAUCUGUCUGGGUGGAGGGAAAUGGAGUGGGUCACCUCCAACUUGUCAGCGAACUUGUUCUGAUUUACCACCACUAAUGAAUGGAGGCAUUACCUACACUGGUGGACUUGCUGACAGCAGACCCACUGCUACCUACACCUGUGACGAUGGUUACACUCUCACUGAAGGGGUUAGCAGAGCUUGUCAGAAUGAUGGGACCUGGAGUGGAUCAGCUCCAACCUGUCAAGUGAACACAGGACCCACUGAACCACCCACCACCUGUCCUGACCUCACUGUACCAGCCAAUGGAAUAAUUAGCUACAAUAUGGGGACUGCUAGUCCCAGACCAGUGGACACUGUGGCCACCUACACCUGUAUCUUCAGAUACACUCUCAAUGGAGACACCACCACCAGGACUUGUGGGAGUGGAGUGUGGAGUGGGUCAGCUCCAACUUGUCAGCGUAUCUGCUUUUCCUUACCCCCACUGACCAACGGGGUGAUUACCUACAGUGGUGGACCCACUGGCAUCAGCUCUGAUGGUAGUGGAGCUACCUAUUCGUGUAACCCUGGCUUCACUCUCAAUGGAGGUACCACCACCAGGACUUGUGGGAGUGAUGGAGUGUGGAGUGGCAGUGAACCAACUUGUCAAGUGAACACAGGACCUACACCCUCUACCUGCCCUGACUUGACUGCUCCAACCAAUGGAAUGAUUGGCUAUGAUAUGGAGACCGUGAACGCUAGACCAGUGAACACCGUGGCUACCUACACCUGUAACACUGGCUACACUCUCAAUGGAGGUAUCACCACCAUGACUUGUGGGAGUGAUGGAGUGUGGAGUGACCUUGAGUCACCUCCUACUUGCAUUGUCUCCUGUGGCAACCCUCCCAUCAUUAUCAGUGGAAUGAUGACCAGCUCUACUGGUACAACAUUCGGAGCAAUGGCCACGUACACCUGCAACACUGGGUAUCAAAGGUCAGGAUCAGCCACAAUAACUUGUCAGGCUAGUGGGAGCUGGAGUACAGCACCAGUGUGUACAGCUCUCUGUGAUGAUCUCAUUGUACUAGCCAAUGGAGUGAUCAGCUACAGUCCAGCUACCACUCCCAGACUAGAGGGAGCCAUGGCUACACACAGCUGUACUGAGGGGUACGGACUAUCUGGUGGGAUGGAGAGAACAUGUCAGUCUGACAGAACAUGGAGUGGAGUGAUCAUCACCUGCCAACAAUUACCUCCUGUCUACGUCUCCGUGGGAACCACCAACUAUGCUGUUAUGAACUCACAGGUUGCCAUAGGCACCAUCGGAGAGGCUGAUGACCAGGCGCUUAUCUGCAGAACUGACAAUGCUCAAUGUUGUCGUGGAAGUGACGGACUUGCAGCCGGAGAGUGGAGCUUCCCCAGUGGAGAGGUUGUUCCUAGACGUGUUGAUGGUAACACCUCUGUUCCCUUUUUUUCCUCCCGUGAUACUGGGAUACUUCGACUCCAUCGUCGAGGGUCUGUGUCAGGCCCCACUGGUUCCUACUGCGCUGUGAUUCCUGACAAUACUGGAGUAGAUAUGACAUUCUGUGUGCUAAUAGUGACUGAAGUCAUCAUUACCUCUCCUCCUCCCAUUACAACCACUACCACUACUGGAGGAGAUACUGUACCCACCGCUGCUAACAGCAUAGGAGGUGUGGUGGCAGGUGUAGUCAUUGUGUUACUCAUUCUAGCCGCUGUCAUUGUGGUGGGUAUCAUUGUCGGGGUCUACUUCUGGAGGAAACUUCGUGGCAACCAGACCAAGUACAGCCCCUCCCCACGCCAUGCCCCUCCCCCUCGCCCCACCCCCUAUCAAGCAUCCUUCAAGAAGAGCAACGGACAAGACAGUAAAGCCACCAUUGAGAAAGUUGACGAGCCUAGUAUAGUAGAGUUUCCUAGUGAUACUCAUGUGACGGAGGGGGAGGAGGUGUAUCUGAGGGUGAAGGUGGGAGGUCACCCUCCACCCAGUCUCACCUGGUACCACGAUGGUAGGAAGGUGACUGCAGACUAUGCCACAGAACUGUACCAGGACGGUGGAUUAUCCUUCCCUAGUGUGGAGACUAAGCAUGCUGGUGUGUAUAAACUGGUGGUUACUGGAGCCUCAGGGUCAACAACACAACAGCUCGUCACGGUAACAGUGAUGAGUGAGGGUGGUGAGGCUAGUGAGGGGGUGGAGGGGGUGGACUACGCCCCCAUACCUGUGACAGAGUUUGGAGUGUACGUGGCUGACCUCCAUGCUGGCAGCAAUAAGAAGUUCAAAGAUCUUUACAAGAAUCUGGACAGUGGGGAGAGGGGUCAUCCAGUUAUCAUUUCAGUGACUCCUGAGAACAGAGUCAACAACAGAUUUGGCAACAUUGCUGUGUAUGAUGAUAACCUUCUUGUGUUGCAACCCAUCCCUGGACAAGAGGACUGUCAGAGUGACUACAUCAAUGCCUGCUAUGUAGACGGGUACAAGAAGCCUAAAAAGUUCAUAGCAACACAAGGACCACUGCCACAAACUCUGGUGGACUUCUGGCGUCUCAUGUGGCAGGAGAGACCACCCAUAAUAGUCAUGCUCACCAACCUCAAGGAGAACAACAAGAUCAAGUGUCAGCCAUACUGGCCAGAGUCUGGGAAGAAGCAGUUUGGACCAUUCACAGUGGCCAUUACAGAUCAGCAGAUACUGGCUGACUACACCAUCAGAACACUGGAGGCUUCAUUGGAUGGAGACCGCCGUGUGCUGAGAGUCAAGCUAUUCCAUUUCACUGCCUGGCCUGAUCACGGUGUGCCUGACUAUGCCACGCCCAUCCUUGGGUUCCAUCGUCGGGUCCAGUCCCAACACAAGCCAUCGAAAGGUCCUAUUCUGAUCCACUGCAGUGCUGGUGUGGGACGCACAGGCACUUACAUUGCCAUUGAUAAUGUCCUUGAUCAGAUCUCUGUCGAGGGUCUCAUCGAUAUAUCCGGUAUCAUUGUCAAAUCUCGCAACCAGAGGAUGAAGCUUGUACAAACACAGGACCAAUAUGUGUUCAUCCACGAUGCUAUCCUGGAGUCAGUGACGUGUGGAGACACUCAGAUCAGUGCUGGAGAUCUGCGCAGACAGAUACAGAAGAUGUUAUCAGUAGCCCCGGGAAAAACCCUCUCAGAUUUCCAAUACCAGUUCCAAAUUCUGGAACAGGUUACUCCAAAUCCUAAAGAAGUUCGAAGUCCUAUUGCUGUUAAGAAUGCUGCCAGGAACAGGAACAUGGACUACCUGCCACCUGAGACCAGUCGUGUGAUUCUGAAGGGAGAGCAACCUGACUACAUUCAUGCUGUGUUUGCUCAUGGCUACAAGCACCAGAAGGCAUACAUCAUUGCCCAGAAUCCACUGGACUCAACUGUACGUAACUUCUGGAAGGUGAUCUAUGACAGGAAGUGUGCGGCUGUUGUGAUGUUGACUCCACUCAGUGAGAAUGGGAAGGAGGCAUGCUCCCAGUACUGGCCAGAGAGUGGCAAUGUCACCUCCUUCGGUGAAUUCACUAUCGAUAACUUGGGGGAGGAAACCAACACUGGGUUCGUUAUGAGGCAACUGAGCGUCCUCAAUGAAAAGACCCAAAAGGCCCAUCAAUUAAUUCAGUUUCACAUCAUUAGCUGGAAAAGUAGUGGAAAGUGUGAGAACCUCAAGACUGUAACUGACGUCAAUGAGGAGGUUAUAAAGGUUCAAAGGAGGACUGGAAACAACCCUGUGCUGGUCCACUGCAAUGACACUGCGACCCGCUCUGGUAUGUACUGCUCUGUAGCUACUACCAUUGACCGUUGCAAGACAGAGGGAGUGGUGGAUGUGUUCCAGGUGGUCAAGGCUCUCAGGGUCCACAAGCCAGGGGCAGUACCCUCAGUCGUGAGUUCAUCUGCUGCUUACAUAGUGGGAGGCUUGUACUAUUGCAAGAGCCAGACCUUGCCUAGUAUAGGACCUGUACCAACACAUACUGUUUAAUACAAGAUAUUGUGAAAGCUUCAAGCCUCUGUACUGUUGAUUAGUGCCAUUUGCAAUGUAGUUUUGUACCAUCAUGUGUGCCGUAUUUGCGCGUCAGUCAAUAUGACUGCCACGUGCAGAGAUGAUAGCCUCAGAUAGGGUCAAAGUUCACUGAGGCUACUAUUUGAUUGCGGCUUCCAUUGCACUGAAGAUGGGCUGUAGGGAGGCUACUAUUUGAGGGCGGCCUUUAUACAAGAGAGGCCUCUAUCAAGCAAAUACUGUAGUUAGUGUAUCCCCUCACAGGACAACUACAAGGAUCUGUUUGAUGCUACUCUGGUCUACUUGGACUCCUUUGACAACUAUGCCAACUUCCAAGAUAUUUGAUGUACAUGAACUAUACACAAGAAAUGAACAAAUGUAAUUAUGGACUCUGUUGAGUAUAGAGAUUAUUGACUUCCUUUUAACAUCCUUUUGUACAAUAAAAUUAUCAUAGACCUCUUUAUUUUGUAUAAUCAGAGCAGAGCCGUUUGUUAUCACCCUGAAUUCGAAUAUCAAAUAACAGAUAUUAAUAAUGCAGACAUUGUAAUAAUUAAA